AUGGCGACCAGGAGCGGUGGGAACUCGAACACGGCGAAAGCGAUCGUGAAUAAGGGCGAGAAGAAGAGCAAGGUGAAGAUUGAGGCGAAGGAGGCGUCGAGCGGGCCGCCGGGGGCGCUGCUCGGAGCGAUUCCCGUCGUGCUCGGUCUCGGCGGAUUCGCCGCGUUCAAAUCGUUGAGCGGCGGGUCGUCGGCGGAUGACGACGAUGACGACGAGCCGAUUCGUGCGCCGCCGAAGAAGCCGUCGUUGCCGAAAUUUGAGGCGCCGAAGGUUGUGCCGCCGAAGUUUGACGCGCCCGAGAUUGACGCGCCCAAAUUUGAAGUUCCCAAGUUUGAGAUGCCGAAGAUUCCGGGCGUCGGCGGCAGUGGUUUGCCACCGGAUGCGCCUCGCGCGGGCUUCCCAUCGCGCGCGGAUUCUUUCGCUGAGGAGGAGGAAGAACAAGAGGAAGAAGAGGAAGCCGUCGAAGACGAAGACAGAGAGGCGCGCAAAGCGCGCCGCGCAGCUGAACGAGCCGAGCGCGAAGCCGAGCGCGCCGCGCGGGAUGCUGAGCGUGAAGCAGCUAAGGCGCAACGCGCCGCUGAGCGUGAAGCCGUCGAAGACGAAGACAGAGAGGCGCGCAAAGCGCGCCGCGCAGCUGAACGAGCCGAGCGCGAAGCCGAGCGCGCCGCGCGGGAUGCUGAGCGUGAAGCAGCUGAGGCGCAACGCGCCGCUGAGCGUGAAGCCGCAGAAGCUGAACGAGCUCAGGCGAAGGAAGCCAAGGCGCGGGAGGCGGAACGCAUCGAGCGCGAUCGCAGCGCCGAAGAGAGAGACGCGGCUGAACGUAAGAAACGCGAAAAGCAGCUCAUCGAACAGGAGCGCGAGCGUAUCAAGGCCGAAAAGCGAGUCCGUGCGGAACAACAGCGCGCGGCCCGCGAUGCGGAAAAGGCUGAGCGCCAAGCGGAAAGGGAUGCGCGCGAAGCGGAGCGACAGGCUGAAAAGGAAGCUCGAGCCGCCGAGCGAGCGGAUCGCAAGGCCGCAAACGCUCUCCUCAAGUCCAAGCCAAAGUCAGCGCCGGAACCCAAGGAAGCCAAGGAAGAGAAAUCGUUCACGCAACUCUUUGCGAAAAAGAACGUCGAAGACAGCGAACCACCGGCCAAAACGCAAGUCAUGAAAAAGGCGAAGCCCGAGCCGAUUGCGCGAACUCAAGUCAUGUCCAAGAGUGGGAAAUCGUCUGGCGUGGCCGAAUUGCCAUCCAAAUUCCCGAGCGUUGAGGAUUUGGAAGGUUUAAGCAAGGAAGAAAAGCUUGCGAUCGCCGAUGAGGCCGACGCCUUCGCCGAACGCUUGGUUCGUAAGGCUGAAGCUGCGGAGAAAUUCGCCAACGGUCCGGUCGUCGGCGUCCUCUUCUUCUUGAAGUCUGGCGCCAUCAAGUCCGCUGAGCGUGCCGCCGAGGUCGCAGAGCUCGCCGAAGCGACCGCCGCGCAAGUUCGAUCGGCGGCGGAGCGCGGCGAUGGCAUCUCUGGCGCCGUUAUCGGCGCCAUCGCCGCGACCGUUCUCGUCGGCGGUGGCGCCGCGUUGUUGGGCGGCUCGUUGUUGGGCGGCGAUAACGCACCCUCCUCCGGACCCAAGGCUGUGGCCAUCAAGAAAGCUGCGGCUCCCAAGGCAUCGGCACCUAUGUUCGCCGCGCCGCCUCAAGAGGCGCCCAAGCUUCGCGAUUUGGAAGCUCUCGAAGCCAUCGAGAAACUGAACAACGGCGAAGGCGACGCGUUGGACCUGUACGAACAGAUGCGCCGCUAA